AAAAAAGCGAUAAAUUAGUGGACCUAAUUAAAGGAUUUUCAUUCCGUUUUAGGGCAGAAAGGCGAACCAGGAAGUAAAGGUUUGAGAUGUGAUUUUUACUGUCAUAAUGUGACAUAUACUGCAUGGGCCGGUGUAUGUGUAAAUAUAUAGUCUAACGUUUUUGCUAUGGUGACUAUGAUGCUAUGGUGAAUUGAUGACUAAAAACGUAUUCAAAGGCUGUUUAGCUCUGCACCAAUCCCUUACACCGAAUAGGAGAAGGUGCCAAUGGUAAAUUAAUCAUGAGAAGAGUGGAAAUAAAAAAAGGUACAUACUCAAAAUCUUUUAUUUGGACUGCUGUUUUUAUAGGUGAUAAAGGGGAACAAGGAGCUGAGGUAAUUCAUUCUCUUUAUAAUUUGGCAACGAAUAAAGCAAGCACGAGAAAGGCAACAAAACGUCAUUGAAUAUACAUGCCUCAAGUUUUUUUUUAUUAUUCGCGGUCUGCUGUAUUUAAAUUUAGUGGAACAGCACUUCAAUCAAGAAUCAAUUCAUCUGUGCUUUGGAAAGAGUGAUUACGUAAUAUAUCAAUAUCUGCUGCUUUAAACUUUUCAGUUUGCUCAGUCAGCACAUAUCGUUGGAAUUGGGGGCAGCCAAAAACCAAAUGAUUUUGAAGACGGAUGUAAGCGUUAAACGUCCUUUAUAAAAUUUUAUGAUAAAUUAAAAAACACCAAACAUUCAAUUAAGCGUUCGAAGCUCUACGUUUUGACCAAGAACUUUUAGCAAAUUACAGGCUUAUAUACUGCAUAUGGUUCAUUCAUGUUUGUUCUUAUAGCUAUAACUUUAAAGAACUGCAUUGAGUUUGUUGCAGUCGAGUUUACGUAAAUUUAAGUUUUAUAAUGUGUUUAUAGUGUUCAUACUGAAGUCAUGGAAUGUAAGUCAUGUGAAGGGACAGAUGACGUACUCCAAUGGUUAUCUUCAUGUUCGCAAAACAGGAUAUUACUAUAUUUAUUGUCAAUUAUAUUCGACAGAAGGCAAUGCUACAUUUUACAUGUUUUCUCUUUACAUUGACAACAAACAAGAGCUUCGAGCAGUCAAAUCAAUUAUAAGUACUACCAAGAAAUAUGACACUGAUUAUAUCGGAGGUGUGUUUAAGAUUAAGGCUGGCCAGAAAAUUAGUGUUCGUACGAAAUUCGAGAUUCAGUUUAUGUACACCAAGACUGAAUCAUACUUUGGGGCAUUUAUGAUUCAUUCCUAGUUGAUAUUUCAUUGAUCAUAGCAACGCUGUACCUCAGUAGUUUCUAGUUUCAAAUCCAGGUGGAUAAUGGUACCACACAUUACAUGCAAACAGUUAUAUAUAAAAAUGCUACAGUUAAAAGACUGAACUAUUAACAAUGACAUAUUGUAUUAAUAUUAUUGUACAUACACGCUAUUAGAAAUUAAUUGAUGAAUCCAUAGGCUUUACAACUGUAUAGUUUAACUGUAUUUUAAUUUGGUGGAUCUUUUAAUUACGCGUAUUAAUCAGGAAAUGUAAAUAAAUCGAUAUUUGUAUAAUAACAGAGUAAUAAGAAUAAAAACAAUGUAGCUGCAUGGAGAAGUAAACAAUGACAUAAUAUCAUAAAUAAGGUCUAAAAAUAUGGAGGGCAAGAAAUAAACACAAUUGGUAUUUCUAAAAAUGACUUAUGGGUAUCCUAAUUACCGCUGAGAUUAAUGACCAUAGAGUUUGGUAGAAAACAAGAUUUAAAAUAGCGUCUAUUUAAAAAUAGGGGAGGUUGCAUACGGCAAUAUAUAUGCGGUGAAAAAAUAACCAAAUUGGUGGCUAAUAUGAUUUUACAAGAAUUUUAAAAAAUCAAAACAGGUACUGAAAAUAUUAUUUUGAUUAAUGCUCACUGCAUCUACUGACAUCAUCAGGCAGGUUUUUCCUGAUAAAAACAUAUCUUAUAUGAAUCCAUGGAAGUGUCUUUUUUAACAUUCCUUGAAUUUAGCUUGUUGAUAGUUUGAAGAAAAAACAAUAAAACGUGAUUGAAGACGGGAAGCAAUGAAUUAGACUAGACAAGCUGUAUACAUUAUGCAGUUUCACAGAAUAGCGCUAAACAUGCAAAUAACGUACGUUUAGCUCAUUUCACGCAAAAUUCCGAUUUGCGGGCAUGGAACUAUAGUCAAUAAUUGUUGGCCUUAGAAUUAUUAACAUAACCUUGGUGAAAGAUAAUAGUGUAACUUGAUUCAAGCCUAGCAGUGCAUGUUGACGGGUCUCGAUUCCAAGAAAUAAAAACACAGUGAAUUUCCUUGUGAUUGAAAUAAAAGUUUAUCGCAAAACUAGAUGAAAGAUGACAGAACGUGAAAUAGAAGGAAAGAAAUCGGUUCAGAUCUUCAGAAGACGCCCUCUGGAAAUAUUCACGACUGUUCACGCCAUAAUUACAAUAUUACUGUUGGCGACCAUGACGCAUUUCCAAAUACGAUUUAAUAAUCGCAUUGCUCAGCAUGAACGAGAAAUUCACGAACUAAAAGAAUUGCUGAGAAGCCAUGUUUAUAUUAAGUCAGAGAACAAACUAGAAAAAGCGGAAAAGAAAAACAUCGAUUUGGAGACAGAAGAAAGAAAUGAAUUUCAGUAUAUGUCACAGAAAAUAGAUGGGUAUAAAGAGGACAACCAGAGCAACCGGGAGGGCAACGACAAAAGACCUCAAAUUUUAAGAAACAAAAGAAACACUAAAACAAGUUGUUGUGCCAGAGGCCAGAAAGGAGAGAAAGGACCAAAAGGUAAAAGAUCUCGAGGCAAACGAGGACGAAAAGGACAGAAAGGUGAAGCAGGGAUUCUCGGAGCAAAAGGAGAUAAAGGGGACAAAGGUCUCAAAGGUGAUCAAGGAUUUAGCGCGCUCUCCGAGUCAGCGCACAUAGUUGGACAUGGUGGACAGCAAAGACCGACUGACAUAAUUAACAGAGCGUUCAUACUGAAGUCAUGGAAUGUAAGCCAUGUGAAGGGACAGAUGACGUACUCCAAUGGUUAUCUUCAUGUUGGCAAAACAGGAUAUUACUAUAUUUAUUGUCAAUUAUAUUCGAUCGAUGGUAAUGCUUUAUUUUUUACGUUUUCUCUUUACAUUGACAACAAACCAGAGCUUCGGGCAAUCAAAUCAAUUAUAAAUUCUACCAGGAAAUUUGACACAGUUUAUAUCGGAGGUGUGUUUGCAAUUAAGGCUGGCCAGAAAAUUAGUGUUCGUACGACAUCCAUCCGUCUAUUUAUGUACACCAAGACUGAAUCAUACUUUGGAGCAUUCAUGAUUCAUUCCUAG